AUGGCAAAAAGAGAAAGGCCACCCAGAUGCGAGCCUAGCCCAGGGCUGCGCCAAUACGCUAAUGAACCUCAAGAUGCUGUGGAUAUGUUAAUGAACCAAUCCCAAGAUAGCGCCCCAGCAGCCAGGUCCGCGCGCGGCCGUCCGUGCGAACCCGGCGUGAUCGCGAACGCGGAAGCGCCGGGCGGGGGUGGGACGGAGGGAACAGAGCGGACCUACCUCAGGGCAGGCAGCAGCCCGAGGCCGUGGCGACCGCUCGGCUCCCAGCCCAGGGGCCCGAGCGCCCCAGGGCCCGCUGCGCGGCAGGCCCGCGGAGGCCCGGGGAGGGACGACACGCGGGACCGCAGAGGAGACACCGACACGAGCCCCGCUCGGCUCCCCGGCGGCAUUCGCUCCCUCCACACGGACAGACAGCAGCAGCGCUGGAAUUCAAAUCCGAAGAGCCCGCCCUCCGGUGCCCGGGAUUGGCACGCUCGCAAAUGGCGUCACCCAGCGUCUUCCGGGGACUCCCGGAAACAGACCGCCGCACCCCUCGCGCCGCCUGGACGAGGCUGGAGUGAGCCGACGGCCUGGGAGCCAGGCCGCGAGCGCCACGGCGGCACGUGGGCCUUGUGGCUCUCCACAGGGAGGGCGUUCCCUCCUCCCGUGAUGCUCUGCGUGGGAAAGGCCGACUACGGUUGGCACCCCUCUCCCCGGAGCUCGCUCAGCGCGGCGGGAGUCGACUAAGUUUGACCCUUCCGGGCCACACUUGUUAGUCUCAGGCUCCGCCCACCGGGAGGAGGGUUCCUUCUCGGUCAAAUACAGUUCUGAAGGGAGAAGCUGCUUAGUGAUGCUGUCUACUACAUGCUGAGUUUUAUGGCCUGCUUGAUAGUUCCAUCAUGGAGUCGGUUGUAUGAAGAAGGUCUUGGAGCCGGUUACAAUGCUAUGGGCUUUUUAUUUUAUUUUAUUUUAUUUUAUUUUACUUUUUCUCUAAAGCUUCCUCUCCCUGCCUUGUGGCUGCCUGCCACCUAGUGUCUGACCUCAGUGCUUUCUUAACUCAAAUGGCACGGUCUUUUUUU